UUCAGAUUGUCCAUAGAUGAGGAUUGUUAGUAUGGUGCUGCUUGCCACAGUGCGGCGCCUCGAGGUGAGGAGAGCGGUGAAUUGUCGCAUAAAGGUACCAGCCUUAAAAAGUCAGCGAAGCAGUGGGAAUAAAGUGCUGUCAAGUAUGACUGAAGGAAACUCUCGUGUGGCCAUCUGUUGGCUGCGGAAUGACCUCAGAUAUCAUGACAAUGAGAUUCUUCUUAAGGCAAACAUCAAUGCUGACCAAGUGCUGCCAGUUUACUGCUAUGACCCUCGUCACUUCAAGGGAACUUAUCACUUCAGUUUUCCCAAAACUGGAUCACAUCGUGCCAGAUUCUUACUGGAGAGUGUGGCAGACUUUCGCAACACCCUGAGAGAUAAAGGCAGUGACUUGGUUGUGAGGCUUGGUCAACCAGAACAGAUCUUGCCACUUUUGGUGAAGUCUCUGUCUGCUAGAGAGUGCCACAUUGUGUACCAGGAAGAGGUGACCAAAGAAGAGAAGGAUGUGGAAAUCAAACUAAAAGAAAACUGCCGUCAACUUGGGGUGCAGAUCCACUCAUUGUGGGGCCUGACUCUCUACCACAAGUCUGAUUUGCCAUUUCCAGUCACCAGAGUUCCUGAUACAUACACUGGCUUUCGCAAGGCAGUGGAGGCUCAGAGCCAUGUGAGGGCACCAGUGGUAAUGCCAGAGCGCAUGAAGCCCCUCCCACCAGAUGUAGAUGUGGGGCAGCUGCCAACUCUAGCUCAGCUUGGAGUUAAAGAACAACUCAUUGACCAAAGAACUGCUUUCCCAUUCUCUGGUGGCGAGUCACAUGGUUUGGGUCGAUUAAGGCAGUAUUUAUGGGAGACAGAUAAUGUAUUCAUCUACAAAGAAACCAGAAAUGGUUUGCUGGGCUCAGACUACUCAACAAAAUUUAGCCCCUGGUUGGCUCAUGGUUGCCUCUCCCCUCGCCACAUUCAUGCUGAGGUGCGUCGAUAUGAGAAGGAGCGUCAGGCCAAUCAGAGUACCUACUGGGUUCUCUUUGAGAUGAUCUGGAGGGAUUAUUUCAAGUUUGUAUGUAUGAAGUUUGGAGACCGAGUGUUCUAUCCAUCAGGAAUUAUGGGCAAGAAAAUCUGUUGGAAGAAAGAUCACCUCAUGUUCCAGAAGUGGAAAGAGGGCAGAACUGGAAUGCCAUUUGUAGAUGCCAACAUGAGAGAGCUGCAGGAGACGGGCUGGAUGAGCAACCGUGGCCGACAGAAUGUUGCAUCCUUCCUUGUCAAAGAUAUGGGUCUGGAUUGGAGACUUGGAGCCGAGUGGUUUGAAUCUCAACUGCUUGAUCAUGAUGUGUGUAGUAAUUAUGGAAACUGGAACUAUGCAGCUGGCAUUGGCAAUGACCCAAGAGAGAAUAGAAAGUUCAACAUGGUCAAACAGGCUUUUGAUUAUGACCCAAAGGGUGAUUUUGUGCGAUGUUGGGUGCCUGAGUUGGCUGGGUUGAAGGAAGCAAUGAUCCACACUCCAUGGAAGCUUACUGGAAGUCAGCUGUCCUCUGCAGGGGUUGUUCUAGGAGACACUUAUCCAAAUCCUAUCUUGGUUGCCCCUGAGUGGGAUCGACACCAACAUAAAGGGGUGCAAAGAAAAGGACCAGCAUUCAAAGGACCAAGACAGCGAGGAAUUGACUUUUAUUUUAAAUCACCUCCCAAAAUGUGAUGUUGACUGCAGUUUGUUAUAUUUCCUAAUGAUAGCAUGUGUUUCAUCUCACGAAAAAGUUCACACAUUUCACUGCUUGAAUGGUAAAUUUUGAAUUCUUACUGGCUUUCUUAUACAUCAAAAUGAUGAUGUGUAUAUACAUUAUAUAUAAUAAAUCAAUCAUGUGGCACAAAAUGUAAGAAUAUGUGGUAUUGGUGGCUAUCAGCACAUGACUGCUUUUUUUAUUUAGUGUUAAUCAAGCCUUGAUUUCCAUCAUUAGAGCAUAACAUUUGCUCCAUGAAUGAGAUAUCUUGUUGAUUUCACUUAUCUUUCUCUCUAUGUCUAUACUAGAUUGGCAAUCCUAGACAAAGUGCCAUCCACUUAUACACACAUCAUGUACUUUCUUUGCUAAGACAAAAUAUGAUGGGUAUAUGAAUCUCUCUCUCUCUCUCUCUCUCUCUCUCUCUCUCUCUCUCUCUCUCUCUCUCUCUCUCUCUCUCUCUCUCUCUCUCUCUCUCUCUCUCUCUCUCUCUCUCUCUCUCUCUCUCUCUCUCUCUUAAUAAUAAGUGAAAUGACUGCCCAUUCUGUGGUGUUGGAAAAAUACUGCACUCCAUGCUUGCUGUAAAACUCAAUUAAAGGGGCUGAGUGAGGGGAUUGGAGACCUUUCCUUUAUUUUUUCUAUGUAUUUUUUUUUUUUUUUUCUGCAAGGUGUGACAUCUUGUCUUGGCUAAUAUCCAUCCUUGAAGAAAGGAUCCUUGCUUGGUAUUUAGAUUUUUAAUUAGUUAAAUACGGUGAAUUAUGCCAAAGCUUGUUCAAUUUUAUACAUUUCCCAAAUUUACCGGUGAAAAAUAAACUGAAAUGAUAUAUAACGAUUUCUCAUGUGAAUUUUUGAGUGCAUAUACUUAUUUUUAGAAAUUAGGUACAGAUGUCAAAUAAUCUAUGUAUUAAAGCAGUAAAAUAUUUGCCAUCUUCAAACUACUAAACUACUUUGAGUAAAAAUCAAACAUUUAAUGUUCGUUAUAUGUUGCUAUUAGUGCAUAUUUGACCCGAACUUUUUAAAGAUAUUUCUGGUAGGUGUGGUUGUAAUCUCAAGGUAUCUCCAAGAUUGAUCUUAAGUCAACUAUUUUUUUUAACAGUGUUUUCUUUUGGUGUAAUUAAUUCAGAAAACUUUGUAAAUUGUAUUUCAUAUAUUUGAUAAUAAAAUAUCUCCUUA